AUGUUGACGCUAAAUUGUGGAAUGUACAUUCCUCCGAUCGGGUUCGGAACGUACAAAAUCAGCGGAAGAGAAGGAGUUGCAACGAUUAAGGCGGCCAUCGACAUCGGAUAUCGCCUGUUCGAUACCGCAUUCGUUUAUGGCAACGAACAAGUUCUUGGCCAAGCAUUUCGCGAACAAAUUUCCGAGGGCAAAGUGAAACGGGAAGAUCUUUUUGUGGUUUCCAAACUUGGCCCGGCGUACCAUCGGCCAGCGCGGGUCGAACAGGGAUGUCUGCUCUCCUUGGAACGUCUGGAGUUAGAUUAUAUAGAUCUGUACCUGAUGCAUACACCGGUGGCGAUAAAGGAUUUGGGUGAUGGAAACGACCGUUCGGAGAUUGAUGACGAAGUGACACCGGUGGAAACCUGGAAGGCGCUCGAAGAGUGCCAACGGAAGGGAUUAGUGCGAUCGAUUGGAGUUUCUAAUUUCAACGGGAAACAGUUGAAGGAAAUCAUUGCAGUGGGGAACAUCAGACCUGUGGUCAAUCAGGUAGAAUAUUCGGUUGGAUUCCAUCAAGCGGAAUUGCGGAAGAUUUGCGAACAAGAGGAAGUACUGGUUAUGGCUUAUAGCCCACUGGGUAAACCGAAACCGGGAAAGGAGCACAACUUUUUGGAUUCACCUGGUUUGAAAGAGAUGACCGUGAAGUACGGAAAGUCUCCGGCGCAAAUUUCCCUCAGAUAUUUGAUUGAAAGAGGCACCAUUCCAAUUCCAAAGUCUUCAAAUGCGGAUCGAAUGAAGGAAAAUUUAGAUGUUCUCAACUUUAGACUCGAAAAAUGCCAUCUUGAAGUACUGGAAUCGCUGGUAAAACAGAGGCGAUCAAUGCAUUUGGAUUGGUUGAAAACAUCCAAAUAUUAUCCGUAUUGAAUCAUGAUAAUCUUCUUCAGUCCAAAUAUUCAAAACUUGUACUACAUUUACUUAAAAUAUAAAAACCCACCGAUUGUGCAACGUAAAUUAUAUGUGUAACUCGCUGUAUACUGAUUCUGUGCUAUACUCAACAACAAUAAAAACAGUAGUUCAUAUGCCUCUACCAUGGCAGGACGGCCAAACAAUCAGUGUUCUUUCAUUUCAAUUUA